AUGCUUACUCCCCCUCCGUGAGGAAAACACCAUUAGAAAAUCCCUAUUUUUGACUAAAAACCCUCCUCCGUGAGCGAGCAAAAAUUUUUUAUGAAAACAAAUUUGAUAUAUAAGUGAUAACUAGUAUCAUUAAAUCUUGAGCUAGUUCUGUUUAAUUUUAAACAAAUUACGUUUUAAAACAUAAAUUUUACAAAUUAAAAUAAUAUUUGCCUUCCAAUUUUCAAGAGGUAGGAUUUUUUUUAAUUUUGAAGAAAAAUAAAAUUUCUUUAAAAUUCAUAUAAAAAUUUUUUAAAAAAUAAAUUAACCCUCUCCGUGAGCAAACAAGAUUUUUUUGUGUUCACUCACGAAGAGAUGAAUUAGUCACACAUUGCAUACCCUCCCUGGUGGCGAACGAAUGUCAACUCGAAAAGCUGCCAAAGCAAGAGAAAUAGAGCGAGAAACAGAGCGACUUAAAAUCCAUAUAGAUGAUCUCGAAACAAACCUAGCACUUAACAAAGAAAUGCUCCACGAUAUAUUGUCAAGUAAGCUUAAUGAGUCUAAUUCAGAAGACACAGUCAAUAUUAGCUAUACAGCGCCACGUAUGAUCGAACAGCUUUUAUCCGAAACAAAACAGCUGGAAGAAACCCUUAACUCCCCCCCCCCCCUCCGUGAGUGAACAAAAAAAUUUUGUUCACUCACGGAGGGGGGUUAAUUUUUUUUUUUUAAAAAAUUUUAUAUAUAAAUUUAAAAAAUAUGUUUUUUCGAAAUUUAAAAAAUCCUAAUUCGCAAAAAUUGGAAAGCAAAUAUUAAUUCAAUUUGCAAAAUUUAUGUUUUAAAAAGCAAUUCGUUUAAAUCAAACAGAAUUAGCUCUAUAUUUCAUUAUACUAAUUAUCAUUUAUAUAUCAAAAUUUUUUUCCAUAAAAAAUUUUGUUCACUCACGGAGGUGGGUUUUUUUGGGCAAAAAAUAGCGAUUUUUCUAAUGGUUUUGUUCACUCACGGAGGGGGGGAGUAAGAAACUCAUCACUGACAGAAGUGAUGCCCAAGGGAAAGCUUUGAUAAAUGAACAGAUUUCAGCUGAAUUGCAAAGAAAAGAACAAGAAUUGAUACAAGAAUACGAAGAUAAGUUGCAAGAAAUUAAGUAUCAAAAUGAUAAGAAAGAAAGAAUUAUUUGUGAAUUGAUGACGAGGAAUAAACAAUUGGAAAUUGAUGCUGAAUUAUAUAGAAAAUCGAGGAAUAUGAUAAUUGUUCCUCCGACUGAUGAAAUAUUGGAUUUACAUUGCCAAACUGAAGAAUUAAAAGAAUACAUGCAAAAUCUUGCUAGGGAUCUUUAUCAUGCACAGUCCCAUAGGGACAAGUUGAUGGAAAACUCUAAAAUGUUAUGAAGUGAGUGCCAGAAAAUCGAAGCUCUGCUUAAAAAUCCGAUAAAUAGGAAACAAGGAGUUGAAAGGAGCUACAUUAAUAAUUUAUUUAGUCCGAGAAAAGAUUUUAGCUUUGAGUUCAAAAUUUCUGAUGAAUACAGUGACUCUGAGGAAGACAGCUCAGUAGGUAACGAAUUAUUUGAGUACGGAGAGGUCCUUUAUACAACUCCUAAUAAACAAAGGCCAGUACCUGUACUUGAUUUUGGCAAAAUAAGUUCUAUUACUCUAAUUUGAUAUUAUUCUUGCUAUUUAAUUUUUGUAAGGUGAAAAGAAAUAGUUUUGCAUUAAAGAGUUUUAAGAUAGGCUAAAUGCUAAUAGCAUAAAAAAUAGAACGCUCUCUUAUCAAGAUAAUUAUAGCAAGCCUUCAGCACUAUCUCCUGAAGAGAGAGCGCUAGAAGACAAAAUUGAACUAAUGAAGCAAGAAAUCAAUAAUAUGAAGCAUGAACUGUCAGAAGAAACUGAAAAGCUGUUAAAAUUAUCAAAUGAAAACUCAAAGAUACUUGAAAAAAAUGAAAAAUUGGCAGAAGAAUAUAUACAAUUUAGUCAGAAAAAAGACCAAAUACAAGAUACAAUAUGUAAAAUGCAAAAAAGAGAAAAAAUCAAAAGAGGUGAUAUAACUACUGAAAUAAAAGCAAAUGCUCAAGUCAAUUCAAUUGUUUUUAAAGUAGCAUUAGAAGGGAGCUAUGAAGGAAGCGAAGAAAUUGAAAUAAAGCCUGAAAACUUUUAUGGAAAAGAAAGAAGUUUCCAAGUUUCUGAAUGUAGUGUACAUCAAAUUCAAUAA